AUGUAUGACGACACAGGUGUAUCAAGCAGAGGAGAAGAUCUCCAGCUGUAUGGGUCUUGCCGUCCCCUACCCCAACAACCCGUAAGGAAAACUGGAAUUGUAGAAGGUAUUUUUUUUGCUAAAAUAUGGUCAGCAGGGGAGCAAGAGAGGUGCUAUGUAUUAUGAAGUUACUCCUUCCACCCACCCAUGCCUUCUGGGAUAGAAGCGUCUCAAGCUUAGCAAAUGGACAGUUGAGGUUUGCUUUAAAGCAUAAGGUGCUGGACUAAAGUUAAUUAGAUAAACUUGGGAUGUGUUUUGGGGUGGGGGGAAGCGACAGCCCACCUUCUGAAGCAUGAGUGUAGGGGCGAAGAAGAAAUAGGCGUGGACUCAGAUUCAAGAGCAAAAAAAAAAAAAAGAUUGUGGGAAGCAGAGCUCACCUGCUACAACUGGGAAGAGGAGCGUACCAGCUCCCGUUGAUAUCUGUAUUGGUACAUUCCAAAAGUUAACUCUGUCCACCCGCCUGUCUAGACGAAUAUGAAGACUUUGACAAAGAGAGCGACUAUGACAGCAUCUUGGUGCCUCAGGAAAUGGAGGAGCCAAAGGCACUGCCUGAACCACCAGGUAUGAGAAGAACGGACCCUUGGUUGCUUCAGUGUUGCUGCCCUCUGUUGGCUAUUAUGCAUAUGGGAAGACUGGGAUGGCAGCUAUGCGUACAUUACAGUUGCCACACUGUGGCCUUGUAACGGUGGCCUUGUUAAUUACAGCUAACCAUAGUUUAUAAGCCAUGGUUAAUAGGGUUGCCAUAUUUCAAAAAGUGAAAAUUCGGACACUAACUUCUUUCUUUGCAAAAUUGCAAAUAAAUAUGACAACACUGCUGACAUGGGUUGCCAUACUUCUGGAUUUUCCUAGACAUUUUGCUGAUUUCCACCGGGACACUGCUUCCGGUUGCAGUAUUCCAGAUAUGUCUGUGAAAUUCCGGACGUAUGGCAACCAUACUGGUUAACAUAUUGCAGACAAUCACUCAGGCCAUGGCUUUUUUGUAUCCACAGCAUAGCUUAUAUCACCCUUACAAUUACCCCAGCUUCUCCACAGUUCCAGCAUGCUAUCCUGAAUGCCUUUGUGGCACCCUUACACUGGCAACGCCUUACCAUGGCAGCAGCAGCAGCAGCAGCAGCAGCAGCAGCCUGCUUGCUAUUGGUUUCUUUUUUCCUGAAGUUGCCAUUCUGAGCUGUUUCAAAUCUCUCCCUCCCUCUUUCUCUCUCUCUCUCCACCCAGCCACAGCUCAAUGCACCUUAACUCUAGCCCGAUGGACCUUAACUCCAGCCCAAUGGAAAGGCUCUUGGAGAAACUGCCUGGUUCUGCUCCUGGCUCUUGUGGGUUUCCUGAUUGGCAUCAUUCUCCUUGUACAGCGUGAGUGCAAGAAGUAGGAGGGGUGUUCAUGUGUGUCAAGACACACUGUGGAGCACCCCAGCUUCAAGAGAUAAAAGCAGUGAGGGACUGGGACUCAAAAGGGAAAGAAGAUUUAUAUGUACACGUAUAUGGUGUACCGUGGUGCUGCAGCAAGGAAGGAAAGGAAGGGCUGCGUACAAACAAAUGGGCUUCAUGUCUCUCUGUGGUUUGGCUGGCAUCUCCCAAGACUGUCAUCUUCGCAAGUUUCAGAUCUCAGUAAUUACACUGGAAGUUGGGGGGGGUAGGUCAAUCCCUUUGGCUGAGCCUUGGUAAGUGCAAGGCCAGUCACAGUACCAUUGGAGGGGCUGUGUGCCUCACAGAACCCAGCAGUCCCACUCCCAAGUCAGAGAGUGUGACCAACAGAGGGAAAUGGGGAAUUCCUGACUGAAUCCCCUGUAUUCUGUCACAGGCUGUGGCUAUAGGGCGAGCUGCGUGGGCAGGGCUGGGCUCUUCACAUAUAUUCUAGCUCCCCACCUUGAAUAUUUAGCUUUCAUUUGAAAAGAAGCAUCUAGUAUUUUUACUACAGAAGUUAUAAGGAAGGCCAUGCAUGCAGUAUGCUACUUAAAUGUUCAGAAAGAAGUGAACUGGGAAGACGUAAACUGGCCUGUGAAUGCAAAGGCACUGGGAUAACUGACCCAUAUUUUUCUCUCUCUAAAAUAUGAAAUUACAUUUCAUUUUAUUGGUAUUUAAUACAGUGGUACCUCAGGUUACAAACACCUCAGGUGUUUGUAACACUUUGGGUUACAAACUCCGCUAACCUGGAAGUAGUACAUCGGUUUAAGAACUUUGCCCCAGGAUGAGAACAGAAAUUACGCGGUGGUGGCGGCGUGGCAGCAGAGGGAGGCCCCCUUAGCUAAAGUGGGACCUCAGGUUAAGAACGGUUUCAGGUUAAGAACAGACCUCAGGAAUGAAUUAAGCUCGUAACCCGAGGUACCACUGUAAUGUUAAAUAACUUUACACAUAUUGGCUUUGCAUUCCUGUUGUUCUGUAAUGAUCCCUUCCCUGUAUGCUUAGGUUCCUUCCCCAUAAAAUGUCUGACUGCAGACCUGCCUCUGGAGGAAACAGCAACAAUGGUGUGGGGCUCCAGGGUGGCUCAUGCAAUGAUGCCCAUCUCUUGCCCUUCUAGAUGCCGCCAUCUUCUCUGAGCUUGGGAAGCUGAAUACCAGCUGCCCACAGGAAAGCUGUGAUGUUUCAAUCAUCCCUCUAACAGCUGACAAAUUGAAGACCGCUUUUCUGAAAGAACUUAAAGCUUUAGAAGAACGUAAUUACAAGAGGAGUGAAGCAACUGAUAGAAAAGUGGAGGAACAAAUAUCUAAAUUGGAUGGAAAAAUAAAUGCAUUGGAAAAUAGAGGUAUGUACGAGAGGAACAAGAGGUAAGCAACUGAUAUAGAAAAGCAAAAAGCAUCACUGAACAGAAUUUAUCCACGGAAACCUCUGGUCAAAUCUAUUUGACAAACUGGGGCUCCAUGCAGGGAUAGUAGAGGGGGGGGACGUCCCAACCUCCAUGUUUUAGACCACAUUAUGACAAUUCCUAACCCUGAGAUGUGUCUUGCCAUCUUAGUGGUUCUAAUCCCAAAUAGCGAUGUAUAAAGAGACAUCCUAUCUUUGUUGCAAUCAGAACUGUUUCUGUUCUGCUACAGUUCAGCUUGCACUCCAGUUAAUCAAUCUUCCCUUUACUGCCACUAUUAUUAUUGAUAGUUUCCAUAUAAAACUUUUCCCUCUUUCAGAAAUCUGCAGGAGGACUAACCCUUUAUCCUGGCAUGAGUUUCUAGGAAGUUGCUACUACUACUCAGAAGACGAAAAACAAUGGGAAGAUGCCAGAAAAUUCUGCAUUACUAUCAGUUCCCACCUGGUUAUUAUUAACAGCAAGCGUGAGCAGGUCUGAGCAGCACCUUUGGUCGUAAGGCGCAUUUGCUCUGUUCAUUCAUAAAACUGUCUUUUGCUUGGCCCUGUAGUUAUACUCUAUCCAAACCAGAUUUUCCUAAGAAUUCAAGCAGCUUCCAGUUCCUAGCUGUUGCUUUCCUCAACCUAGGAAAUAUAUGGGUAGAGAAGAGGAUAGGGAAACCUAAGCAAAUACAUCACCACUCUGGUAAUUCAUUUUUAAUUUUUAAAAUCAGCUAACGUAUUGUCACACAUAUCAGUUCUGAGUGGGCAGGUUUUACAGGUCUUGCACUUAUUCUGUCUGUCACGGUCCAGUCUAUGGGUCAAAGUCCUGCCAGAGGAUGUUGGGGCCGGGGGCAAGAUGGCGGGGUGGGAGCAGGAACAAGAGUCCAGAAGCCAGGGGUCCAAGGGUCAGGAAGCAGGGAGUCACAAAGUCAAGGGUCUGAGGGUUGAGAAGCAAGGAGUCAAGAAGCCGAGGUCCGAGGAUCAGGAAGCAAGAAGCCGAACGCAGCAAGGCAGGAACCAAGUUGCUGUGGCAAAGAGCCAAAGGGAAAUGCUGACCUUAUAUCCCUUCCUGGCUCUUGCGACCAGGUGCAGUGAGUUAGCAAGCGGCCUCACCUGUGCGGCCGCACCUUGCCUCUCCAGAACAAACUUAGGAAGGCCCCAGUCUUGUGAAGCCCUACUGGUCACAGGGCCUGGCUCCUGCAUGCACUCCUGACACUAUCUGUUUACUGCUAUCUGUUUAUAUCCCACCUUCCCUCCAAGUAGCCUAAGGCCACAUAGAUGUUUCUCUCCCCUACCCACCCACAAAUUGAUAGCAUCAUCCUCUGCAGGGAGCAGAAAUGGAGGCAAAAGGCCAGCCAUUCAGGGUGCCUCCAGAUGGUCCCUAUUUUGUGGGAGAGAUUCAAGUGUACACCAGAAAUUUAGGUGUGCACCAUUAAGGUUGAUUAAAGUCCUUUGUCACCCUAGUGCAACAAAUCCACCCUAGUGCAAGAAAAAACAGGCUUUUGUAGUUCUCAAAGAGAAUGUGUAGGCCCUACAAACCAGAAUAAAUGCUGAAUAAAGACUAGACAUAGCCUAAUCUCCAUGUAAGCUGUGUGCAAGCAAAUCAUGAAUGCUCAGUAAACUGGUCGUGUGGAGGAGACCCUCGGGCCAUCAGUGACAAUCCUUAGAACAAACAGGAAUAUGCAAGUAUAGGCAUAGAAUCAUAGAAAUUUAGACUUGAAAUGGACCACUAGGAUCAUCAAGUCCAACCCCCUGCAAUACAGGAAUCUUUUCGCCCAACGAGGGGCUCGAACCCAUGACCGAGUGACAGGAUUGGGGUGGCAGAAUUCUUGAGCAAUCAUUCAGGCCAAUCUCCUGAAUGCAUUUUUAUCACAGCAACAUAUUGCAGCUAGGCAGACUAUGGAUUUCAUGUGCUACAGCAUUUGUGAAGGUGCUACAUGUUUUUCUUCCUAGAAUUUUGUGGUUACAAAAAUAAAGCUCACCUCGGUCUGGAUUGGCAUAAGUGAUGCAGUGAACGAGGGAGCGUGGCAGUGGGUUGAUGGAACAGCACCAACAGAAAGGUAUGUGGAUGAUACCUAGCUCUUCUUUCUGGACCCCUUACAGGGAAAAGGCAGGGGGCAGAACGGUGUCAGGAAUUCCCAGGAGCCACAUAGCCAUUCCUCUUUUGCCCUGCAGCCUCCUGCACCCCUGAAAGCUUCUCAAGGGGGUUCAUGGGGUGUGGGGCGGGGGAAUAACAAUGUGGAAUGCAGCUCAGGGGACUGUUGUGGGGAGAGAGGAUUGCAUAACCCUGGCCAGAGCAACAUCCCACAUUGUUUAUUACUCUGGAGCAGCUUUUCUGGGAGGCAGAAGGAUGGAGAGGAAAGAAACUUUCUUUCUGUUACGCUCCUUCCAUAGGAUUCAAUCCCUUGACUUGAUCUAGUGGAGCUGCUCAAGCAGCUGAACCAACUAUUCUAGCUGCUUUCCUAGAUACGGGGCUCAUCCAGACUUUUGUGCUGUGUUUCUAGGCACAGGUCUGGGCUAUAAAGCUCUGGGUCCAAAAGUCUUGCUUGUUUGUUCUUCGUUCAGGCGCUUUCCCUGAGGAAACCCACAUUUAACCGCUGAAUUGGAGCAAACGGCAAGCGGGUUUUUAUCAGUUUGCCGUUUGCCCCAAUUCAGAGGUAAAACGUGGGUUGUCCCAGAGACUGACACCCCUCCCCCCUGCUCAGACAGAGCUUUCAAGUGUGAAGCUGAAAUAUGGGACGAAAGGAAGUCUGAAAGAGCUGCAGUUUCAGGUUAAGAACGGACCUCCAGAACGAAUUAAGUUCUUAACCCGAGGUACCACUGUACAUGGUUAUCAUUCACUGCCACUUUGAGGCAUUACCCCUCCUCCUGUUUUUUCACUCUCCCAUGUCAUCCCUCCCUUUUUGACCAGCUUUGUAUAGUAUAUUUGCUCUCCAGAGCACAACGAGGUGUGAUUUGUGAUCAGGCGGUCCCCAACUUUGGUUCCCUACAAAUGUAGAAGGCAUCCACAUAAUUCAGCAAGUCUCUUCUGCAGUGAUUUCACAAUUCUGUACUAACUGUGCUUCUCUGUUACAGGUUCUGGAGGCAAGGAGAGCCCAACAAUAAUGAUGGUGUGGAAAAUUGUGCUGUCCUUUAUAAGGAGGGUAAUUGGAAUGACAUUGACUGUAAUUUAAAAGUCCACUUUGUCUGUGAGAAGCCAACAGGUUGCAAUUGCUAA